GGAAGCGACCCUGGCAUCUACAAGUGCUUCCGGUGAGGCUGGUGAAUGCGGAGUUCGGGGCCCUGAGAUCCCGACUUCUGCGGAAGAUGUUUUAUCACAUUUCCCUGGAGCACGAGAUCCUGCUGCACCCACGCUACUUCGGUCCCAAUUUACUCAACACGGUGAAGCAGAAGCUUUUCACCGAGGUGGAGGGGACCUGCACUGGGAAGUAUGGCUUUGUAAUUGCUGUCACCACCAUCGACAAUAUUGGUGCUGGUGUGAUCCAGCCAGGCCGAGGUUUUGUUCUUUAUCCAGUUAAGUACAAGGCUAUUGUUUUCCGGCCAUUUAAAGGCGAGGUGGUGGAUGCUGUGGUCACUCAGGUCAACAAGGUUGGACUUUUCACAGAAAUUGGGCCCAUGUCUUGCUUCAUCUCUAGACAUUCCAUCCCAUCAGAGAUGGAGUUCGAUCCAAACUCCAACCCCCCUUGUUACAAGACAAUGGAUGAGGACAUUGUGAUUCAGCAGGAUGAUGAGAUCCGCUUGAAGAUUGUGGGGACACGUGUGGACAAGAAUGACAUUUUUGCCAUUGGCUCUCUGAUGGAUGAUUACCUGGGACUCGUGAGCUGAGCAAGGGAGCCUCCAGCCUUGUUUGGUCCUGAUUUAGAGAACGUGACUUUCCUGCUUGGUACAUUGUCUGGAAGUUCAGUGUGGCCACUGUUAGGCAAGGAAGGUCCCUUGUCCCCAGAAGACUGCGUGUGCUUCUUCCAGCUGGCUGUGCUGUCAGACCUUUAGUCUGUGUUCUAACUAUAAAAGGUCUUUGGCUCUCAUGGAAA